GCUACUCGUUGAUGAGCUGACGGUUGCCUCCAGCCUUCUACAUCACAAAUGAUAAAAAAUAUUAAUGAGGACUCUCUUUAGCAAUUAGACGGACUAUAAAGUCACGUUAUACAGAAAUUGUGAAUCGAUCGUUUUCGAGCCAAUUGUUUCGCCUGUCUCAUUGAAAACUGAUAUAACAAACCCAUACCCUCCCUGUGUCUGCUGGGCUGUUGUUGACAGGUGUAAAGUUCAUCGGGGUGUUACAUGUGUGCAGCAAAAUUACCAUGGACAAAUUCCAGUGCCACUAACAGCAGCUCCUCACCAGUCAGAAAUGGGCCUUGGAUAGACUCCAGCACCAGCUGAAGAAUGGCAAGGCUGAAGCGCAAAUCUUGCAUCACAUUCAUUGGUUUGGCAUUGCUCGUAUUCAUAAUAACGCUGGUUUUAAGGUCCUUCCCACCAGACGAUUCCCCACUUGGCAGCCCUUUCGGCGUUGAGCUGUUUCCAGACGUCAGGGGAGUCGUACAAAACGACGUUCAAAUUAAGAGAGACAACAAGGGUGAUGCUAAGCUUGAUCAGACCAAAAUGAAUGACUCCAGUAAGUCAGAGAAGGAUGCAAAAUUGGAAGCUGUGCUGAGGAAGUUUUCUCCUCCCAACUACUUCCUCCAUGCCUUCUAUUACACAUGGUAUGGAAACCCAAAGUUUGAUGGCAAGUACAUUCACUGGAACCACCCACAGCUGCCCCACUGGGACUCCAAAGUAGCUCAAGGGUACCCUCAGGGGAGAUACAGCCCACCUGAUGAUGUAGGGGCCAACUUCUACCCAGCCUUGGGGGCCUACAGCUCCAAGGACCCCUCUGUUAUAGAGGCCCACAUGCAACAACUGCGGACGGCAGCUAUUGGGGUCGUUGCUGUUUCCUGGUACCCUCCCGGCAUGAAGGAUGACAAUGGAGAGCCAACCGAUGACAUGGUGCCUUUGCUGUUGGAUGUGGCACAUAAAUACUACAUUAAGGUAGCUUUUCACAUUGAGCCAUACAAAGGAAGGGAUGAGACCUCAAUGUUCGCUCAUGUUAAGUACAUCAUUGAGAAGUAUGGAGAGCAUCCUGCCUUUUUCAGGUACAGGACCAACACUGGCAAAGUCCUUCCACUGUUCUAUGUGUAUGACUCGUACCUGCUGAACUCUGAACAAUGGGGCAAACUGCUAAAGCACACAGAGAGCAACAGCAUCCGAGAUACCCCCUAUGAUGCCAUUUUCAUCGCCCUGCUGGUGGAGGAGAAACACAAGAGAGAUAUCUUGACUGCUGGUUUUGAUGGACUCUAUACCUACUUUGCCACAAAUGGCUUUUCCUAUGGGUCCACACAUCGCAACUGGGAAUCUAUAAAAACAUUCUGCGAGGACAAUAACCUGAUAUUCAUUCCGAGUGUGGGCCCAGGGUACAUUGAUACAAGCAUUCGACCUUGGAACUUCAAAAACACUCGAAAUCGCAUUAAUGGGAAAUAUUACGAAACAGCACUGAGUGCUGCUUUAGAGGCGAGGCCUGAUUUCAUCUCUAUUACAUCCUUCAAUGAAUGGCACGAAGGAACUCAAAUUGAAAUGGCAGUCCCCAAACCAGCUCAGACUGUGUAUCUAGACUACUUGCCCAAUAGGCCAGCUGUUUAUCUGGAGAUAACCUGCAAAUGGGCAGCAAUAUUUGGUGGUGAGCGCAGCAGGUGGCAAGACUGAUCUGACGAUGGACCAUAGCAGAUAUUUGCAGAAUAAUAGAAAUGUACCUAAAAUACUUGAUUAUGAAUAUCUUUGCCGGUCACUCAAUGCACAAAAACGGAUUCAGAAUUUUCAGGAACACACAUGCAUCAGAAAAUGUCAGCAUAGUAACUAACUAUAGUAUUAGAAAAGCCAAAGGAUAUACAUAAAGCCUUUUGAUAAUGACUUUGCAAGUGUCACAUUAUUUUACUUUUCACUGUUGUGAUUUAUGUUGACUUUUUCCCCCCCUUUAGUGAGUUAACUGAUAUUGUGCUACUGUUUGUUAACACAGUACUAUGCAAUUUUGGGUAAUGUAAGCGGAUGACCAGGUUAUGCACUAUUUCAAAUUUCAUUAUCAACUUCCAGCUUAAACUGUGCAUGGGCAUGUUUCAUCUUUAUGCAAUUUGCUGCUGAAUAAGAGUCAAUAAACUGGACCCUGUGUAAGGAAAGAAACAAAUAAGUAAAAUAAUUUGG